AUGAAGCCUCAGCGGAGAUCUCUUAGCUCCCAGGCCCUAGUCGCCGUCAUUACCAUACUAUAUUGUAGCCUUCUAGUCGGCUCUCGAUCGGUCGACAUGCGGAAACUUAAGCUUCAAAAGCGGGCUAACGACUAUAAAGUUGUUUGGGAACGACAAAAAAAAAUCGGCCCGCCUCUAUCACCCACAUCAGAUCAAGCUACCCUACCAAAAAAUAUGGGACCUCUAAACUUCUACCAAAAGGAGUGCGAAGUAGGCAUGUUCGAUAACGGGCCCGGCGACGACUUUGGCUGGUCAGGACAACCCCUUAGUGGAGGGCAUUUCCAGGAAGGGACGUGCCUCAAAGUCAAUGAUUUAAAACCAGGGCUUGGGAAUAAAAUCAGCGCUUAUGUAGUUACUGGAUACUGUGAAUGCGAGUUCUUCGACGACAGCGACUGUCAGACUGGGCUUUUUUCGGCCUUCAAUCGGGCGGACUCCUCACUGAAAAGUAAUGGUCCACAUGAUAACAUGAUCGAAAGCAUUCGGUGUAAAAAAAGGGAUCACAUCGAUGAUUUUGUAAGCGGGAGUAUACAUUUUGAGGGGGGUGAGGUUCGGGGUGCUUAUAAUCGUGGAUCGAAGGUGUCGGUUAGGGAGUGGAAUUUCGAGGUUAGAAAAGAGCAACUUUAUACGGACUGUGUUCCUGUGCCGGACGUCUUUCCUAUCAGGUACUACAAAAUCAACGGUGUCACUUGUGACUUUUUCGAGAGGGCAGGCUGCACGAAUCUCCAGUUUACAGCAGGACAUGCAGGCAAGGUUGAUAAGAAAUAUUCUACCGAGGCUCCGAAGUAUUUGAGGAGUUUUAAGUGUUAUCCGCCAUAUGGGGUUAUGUGGGAUCCUCGAGAUGACCGAUGA